UCGCCCCGACCCUUCUCUCCCUCUGCAGCCUUCUCUCUCUCUCUCUCUCUCUCUCUCUUCCUUCUCUCUCUACUGUUGCUGCGUAGCUACGGGAGACGGGAUAUAUAUAUAGAGGCGAAAGCAUAGCCUGCGGAAAGAAGCUGACAAAAGCCGACGACGAACGACGACGAAGACAACGACGACAGCGUCCUUUCACUGCCACGACAGAACACCGCGCGGCUCGAAGCGGAACCCCCAAAUCGAGGAGAGGGGCGUGUUUGAGUGGAGUUCCAGCAUGCUGGAGACCGUGAAGUACCUCCUCGGCUCCGCCGGCCCCAGCGGGUACGGCUCCAAGUCCACCGCCGAGCAGGUCACCGACCGCCGCGACCUCCGCUCCAUCACCGCCAUCAUCACCGGUGCGACGUCGGGGAUCGGGGCCGAGACGGCGCGGGUGCUGGCGAAGCGCGGCGCCAGGCUGGUGCUGCCGGCUCGGAACCUCAAGGCCGCCGAGGACGCCAGGGCCCGCAUCGCGUCCGAGUGUCCGGGCUCGGAGAUCGUGGUCAUGGCGCUCGAUCUCAGCUCGCUCGCCUCCAUCCGCAGCUUCGUCGCCGAGUUCGAGUCCCUCGACCUGCCUCUCAACCUCCUCAUAAACAACGCGGGAAAGUUCGCGCACAACCACGCCAUCUCCGAGGACGGGAUCGAGAUGACCUUCGCGACGAACUAUCUCGGUCACUUUCUGUUGACGAAGCUGCUGCUGAACAAGAUGGUCGAGACGGCGCGCGCCACCGGCGUGCAAGGUCGGAUCGUGAACGUCUCGUCGACCAUCCACGGCUGGUUCUCCGGCGACAUCAUCGGCCAUCUCGGGCUCAUAACCCGGGACAAGAGCCAGUACGACGCGACACGUGCGUAUGCUCUCUCGAAGCUGGCCAACGUUCUGCACACCAGGGAGCUUGCCCGCAGGCUGAAGCAAAUGGAGGCGAACGUGACGGCGAACUGCGUUCAUCCGGGGAUCGUGAGAACCAGGCUCACCAGAGAGCGAGAGGGCUUCGUCACCGAUCUGGUUUUCUUCUUGGCGUCCAAACUUUUGAAGACGAUCCCUCAGGCUGCUGCGACCACAUGCUAUGUUGCAACACAUCCUAGGCUGGCCAACACGUCGGGGAAGUACUUCUCGGACUGCAACGAGGCGUCGCCUUCCAAGCUGGGGUCCAGCUCGCUCGAAGCCUCGCGGUUAUGGUCCGCCUCCGAAAUCAUGGUUUCUAGAGAUCCAAAAGCAGCUUUCGGUCUGCCCGAUCCGUCGCAUUGAUGGGACGAGAGAUGCACAAAGAAAAGGCGAAGUUCGAUAAAGACAUAGGGGGGAAAAUGGAAAAAGGGAAAAAAGAAGAGAGGAAAGAAAGGAAAUUUAGAUUAUACACGUCUAGUUCUAAAGGGAGCCGAUCCAUGGAGGAACCCAAUAUUAGAAAGCUAGCUAGCUAGCGGGUGGGGGCAAAAAAUAAAGAGCAAAAAAUACUUUGUACAGCAUUUAAACUAGUGUACCCUAGAAUCAGCAAAUAUAUCUAUGUUAGUUUCGUA